CAGUAGCAGCAACGGCAGCAACAGCGGCAGCCCUGAGGAGAGUAAGGCGGCCGCGUCGGCAGCCGCUCGCUCAUCAGGCGGAACCUCGAACUGCCCGGAGGUCGCAGGCGCCGAGGCAUUUGUCAUUUCCGACCCGGCUCGGUGCUCCCGGCCCUGGCUGGGCAGGGCAGAGUGCCCCUGGGGAGGGGCGGAGCUGUAGAUAUGGCAUAAAAUAAUUUCUUCAAGAUUGGACAACUGGUGACCUGCUGUUUCUGAUAGCCUUAAGCUGACUUUAUAGCCAUAGAGAAACCUCACGGAAUUGCAUUGUUGUUUUCUGCUUUAUACCAUUUCUGGCACUUAAGUUCACCCUGCAACCAUGUAUGGAAGUGCUCGGUCAGUGGGGAAAGUGGAACCAAGCAGCCAGAGUCCUGGGCGGUCACCGCGGCUUCCUCGGUCCCCUCGCUUAGGUCAUCGGCGAACAAAUAGUACAGGAGGGAGUUCUGGAAACAGUGUUGGAGGUGGCAGUGGGAAAACACUUUCGAUGGAGAAUAUACAGUCCUUAAAUGCUGCCUAUGCUACAUCUGGCCCUAUGUACCUAAGUGACCAUGAAAAUGUGGGUGCAGAAACACCUAAAAGCACCAUGACACUUGGCCGUUCUGGAGGACGCCUGCCUUAUGGUGUUAGGAUGACUGCUAUGGGCAGUAGCCCCAACAUAGCAAGCAGUGGGGUUGCUAGUGAUACCAUAGCAUUUGGAGAACAUCACCUCCCUCCUGUUAGUAUGGCAUCCACUGUACCUCACUCUCUUCGUCAGGCAAGAGAUAACACCAUCAUGGAUCUGCAGACACAGCUGAAGGAAGUAUUACGAGAAAAUGAUCUUUUGAGGAAAGAUGUGGAAGUAAAGGAGAGCAAAUUAAGUUCUUCAAUGAAUAGCAUCAAGACCUUCUGGAGCCCAGAGCUGAAGAAAGAGCGGGCCUUGAGAAAAGAUGAAGCUUCCAAAAUCACCAUUUGGAAGGAGCAGUACCGAGUUGUGCAGGAAGAAAACCAGCACAUGCAGAUGACAAUCCAGGCUCUCCAGGAUGAGCUUCGGAUUCAGAGGGACUUGAAUCAGCUGUUUCAGCAGGACAGCAGUGGCAGGACUGGGGAGCCUUGUGUGGCAGAGCUGACCGAGGAGAACUUCCAGAGGCUGCACGCUGAGCACGAGAGGCAAGCCAAAGAGUUGUUUCUUCUGCGGAAGACCCUGGAGGAAAUGGAGCUGCGGAUUGAGACGCAGAAGCAGACCCUCAGUGCUCGGGACGAGUCCAUUAAGAAGCUGCUGGAGAUGCUGCAGAGCAAAGGGCUCUCCGCCAAAGCUACGGAGGAGGACCACGAGCGGACAAGACGGCUGGCGGAGGCAGAGAUGCACGUCCACCACCUAGAGAGCCUUUUGGAGCAGAAGGAAAAAGAGAAUAAUAUGUUGAGAGAGGAGAUGCACCGGAGAUUUGAGAAUGCCCCUGAUUCUGCCAAGACAAAAGCCUUGCAAACUGUUAUUGAAAUGAAGGAUUCAAAAAUUUCUUCCAUGGAGCGUGGGCUCCGAGACCUGGAGGAGGAAAUUCAGAUGUUGAAAUCAAAUGGGGCUUUGAGUACUGAAGAGCGGGAGGAAGAGAUGAAACAAAUGGAGGUGUACAGGAGCCACUCUAAAUUUAUGAAGAAUAAGGUAGAGCAACUGAAGGAGGAGCUAAGUUCCAAAGAUGCUCAAGGGGAGGAGCUGAAAAAGAGAGCGGCUGGUCUGCAGUCUGAGAUUGGCCAGGUGAAACAGGAAUUGUCCAGAAAGGACACAGAAUUACUAGCCUUACAGACAAAGCUAGAAACUCUCACGAACCAAUUCUCAGACAGUAAGCAGCAUAUUGAGGUGCUGAAGGAGUCCCUCACUGCUAAGGAGCAAAGGGCUGCCAUCCUGCAGACUGAGGUGGAUGCUCUUCGAUUGCGUUUGGAAGAAAAGGAGACUAUGCUGAAUAAAAAAACCAAACAAAUUCAAGAUAUGGCUGAGGAGAAGGGCACACAAGCUGGAGAGAUACAAGACCUCAAGGACAUGCUGGACGUGAAGGAGCGGAAGGUCAAUGUUCUCCAGAAGAAGAUAGAAAAUCUUCAGGAACAACUAAGAGAUAAAGAGAAGCAGAUGAGCAGCUUGAAAGAGCGAGUGAAGUCUCUGCAGGCGGACACGACUACGGACACAGCUCUGACAACACUGGAGGAGGCUCUUGCAGAUAAAGAGCGGACAAUUGAACGUUUAAAGGAGCAGCGGGACAGAGAUGAGCGAGAGAAGCAAGAGGAGAUUGAUACCUAAAAAGAUCUUAAAGACUUGAAAGAAAAAGUCAGCCUUAUUGCAAGGAGACCUUCAGAGAAGGAGACUUCUCUCUUGGAUCUCAAAGAGCAUGCUUCUUCCCUGGCUUCCUCAGGACUAAAAAAGGACUCACGGCUCAAGACCCUAGAAAUUGCUCUUGAGCAGAAGAAGGAAGAGUGCCUAAAAAUGGAGUCACAGUUGAAAAAGGCACAUGAAGCAACAUUGGAAGCCAGAGCCAGUCCAGAAAUGAGUGACCGAAUACAGCAAUUGGAGAGAGAGAUUGCCAGGUAUAAAGAUGAAUCCAGCAAGGCCCAAACAGAAGUUGACCGUCUCUUGGAAAUCUUGAAAGAGGUGGAAAAUGAGAAGAAUGACAAAGAUAAGAAGAUAGCUGAGUUGGAAAGUCUCACCUCAAGGCAGGUGAAAGACCAGAAUAAGAAGGUAGCAAAUCUGAAGCACAAGGAACAGGUGGAGAAGAAGAAGAGUGCACAGAUGCUGGAGGAGGCCCGGAGACGGGAGGACAGUCUCAGCGACAGCUCUCAGCAACUGCAGGACAGUCUUCGUAAGAAGGAUGACAGGAUUGAAGAGCUGGAAGAAGCACUGAGAGAAAGUGUACAGAUAACUGCAGAGCGUGAAAUGGUGCUGGCACAAGAGGAAUCAGCCAGGACCAAUGCUGAGAAACAGGUGGAAGAGCUGUUGAUGGCUAUGGAGAAGGUGAAGCAGGAACUGGAGUCCAUGAAAGCUAAGCUGUCCUCCACGCAGCAGUCUCUGGCUGAGAAGGAGACGCAUCUAACCAACCUCCGGGCAGAGAGAAGGAAACACUUAGAGGAAGUUCUGGAAAUGAAGCAAGAAGCUCUUCUGGCUGCUAUCAGCGAAAAGGAUGCUAACAUAGCUCUUCUGGAGCUUUCAUCCUCAAAGAAAAAGACUCAAGAAGAAGUGGCUGCACUGAAACGGGAGAAGGACCGCCUGGUACAACAGCUCAAACAGCAGACACAAAAUCGAAUGAAACUGAUGGCUGACAACUAUGAGGAUGAUCACUUCAGAUCCUCCCGUUCCAAUCAGACGAACCAUAAACCCUCCCCAGACCAGAUCAUCCAGCCCCUCUUAGAACUUGACCAAAAUAGAAGCAAGUUAAAGUUGUAUAUUGGACACCUGACAGCCCUCUGCCAUGACCGAGACCCCUUAAUCCUCCGUGGACUCACUCCACCAGCUUCUUAUAAUGCAGAUGGUGAACAGGCAGCUUGGGAGAAUGAGCUGCAGAAGAUGACUCAGGAGCAGCUUCAGAAUGAGUUGGAGAGAGUUGAAGGGGACAACGCCGAGCUGCAGGAGUUCGCCAACACCAUUCUCCAGCAGAUAGCUGAUCACUGCCCUGACAUCCUCGAACAAGUGGUCAAUGCCCUGGAAGAGUCCUCCUGACAUGCUCCAAGGAAGGUGACCAAGCAGAGGAGAACCUGAGGAACGGGUGUCUGAGCCGCCUCUACACCAGACCCUGCCAGCUGGACAUGUCAGCCCAGCCAUUGUGUCUGUCAUCGUCCUCUGCCUUCCGCUUUGAAUGUUGCCUGCACCAAUCUCCUGGGUCUCCAUGAAGAACUGCCCUCAGCAUCAGCAGUGGAGAGCUGGGAGCUGCACUCGGCCCUUCCAGGAACAGGAAGCCGGAAGCCAGUCAGCUCAUCUGGAGCCCACUCACAGUCUGUGCUUUGGGAGCCUGAAGCUGAAGCAUUAGCAUGAGUGCUUUCUCCUGGGGGGAAGAGGUGACCAGGGACAAAGAGAAGAGUGAGUGCUCCUUUCUGCUGUGCUGCCCUUAUGUUUACCCAGGCACAGGCCUGCUUCGUGCAGCUUAGCUCUCAGCCUGUUGCCUGUCUCACCUUCACUGCUUUUAGUUGACAAGAGGAGGAUAUUCACAGUGGUUACCCUGAUCAUUCUUCUUUAAGACCUUUGGCCUUCCCAUGCUACAUUCUUAGGUUAAAUGUCUGACUGAAGAGAAAAGGGCUUAGUAUGUAGGGCCCUGUUGUCAUUGCUUACAGUUUUGCUCCUCAGAAGAUGUCCUGGAGGGCCAGGCCAAUUCCUCCUGAACAUCACCCACAAUGCUCUCUGCUCCCACCACCUUGUCCCAAGCUGCUGUAGAACAGGGGUUGCUGGAGUAUGUGAUCCACUGCCCACCUUCUCAGCUUUACUCUUAAGGUACAGUCCCAGAGCCACGGCCUCGUACCUGCCUAGAAACUUCUUUUGGUACAACUGAGUUUGUCUUAAUUAACAUGCAUUCCCUCCUCCAUUCAUUCAUUCAAAAAAUGUUAUGAAAUGCGUUCUGUGUACACAUCAGUGUGCACAGAGCCCAUACUUGGAAAAGCCUCGGUAGGGACGGUGUGGACCUCCUGUGAGACAUGCUCAGUUGAACCUUGGCAGGGAACACAUACCUUCCCCCUUCUGGCUUCCCAGACCAGCAUUCUUUGUUCUCUACUCUCAUGGCACCUGUAGGCUUGGGUGAGCCACCUCCCCUCCUGGAAGAGCCCAUUAAGUAGGUCAGGGUCUUUGCUGUCAGCGUUAUUACCCUGAAACGUUCUGUCUAAGGGACUUUAUGUGCUCAUUUGUGUCAGCUGACUGCUUAACACAGCUAUGCACACCUCAUGGUCUUGGCCAGCGCUGUGCUGAAACCAGACGCAGACCCAGUUGAAUGUCUAGGCAUUUUGCAGAUUCCCCCCACCCACCCACCAGGUGUAGAGGACAUAGUCAGGCACUAAGAGAGUACAGCUCAAGUCUAGUUCUUCAUUCCUGAAGCAGACUCAUGACACUGCUGUCUUCUAAUGAGGCUGCUAAGGCCUCUCGGCCUGCAUUUCCCCCUCUGCCCAGUUUCACUCCCAAAGCAAUUUAACACUGCCCACAACCCUUGCAGCCCUCAGCCUAGGACAUCAUGCAGACACUGCUGUCACAGUCACUUGAUGGUCACAGCCCUGGCUCCCCUUCUUCCCUGCCAUAAAGUGUCCCUUUGUGUGGGAUACUGGAGGGAGUUCCUCAUGAGGGUUUGGGUGGACUCUACGUGAACCUGUCAUGGAGGUGCUUUUGGAGGUCCUGGCCUGGCCACCAGGAAUAUGGAAAUGAGGCCAAAAAAGUGAUAAUCAUUGCUGCUCGGUUCUCUUAAUUUUUUUUAUUGUCCCAUCCAUGAAUCCUGUAGAAGACCCCAGUACUUCAGGAUAGGAAAGUUGGAAUCUUAUUUUAUUUCCCUAACAUAAGGAACCACUACCUAGUAACAGCUUCACAGGCUACAAUGGAAUCCAGAAAACUUUUAGAAGAGUCCAGGCCCACAGGAGUAGCCUAGCACUGCCACUGGCCAGCUGCUGCUCCAGCUGUUCUGUGAGGGAUCACCACAGGCAGGCCUCCUUACAUGUACCCAUUUGGUGUUUAUUAGCAGAAGUACCAUCUGCUACCCUAACUAACUGGACAUAUGACCCACUCCACCAGUUCCUUCUCCAUCAGGUACCUCCAGAGAGGUUGCAGGAACCCUGUAAGACACAUGCUUGUUUGAGAAGUCAUGUUUGUAAGGCAGACCUUGUCUGAUCUCUGCACCACAGCAAAGGGUUCUCCUCCUCGGUGGUGAUCCAGCAACUCAGAUGGUUCUGGAGACUGGAGCUAAAGUUGAACCAUAAAUGUAGUCUUUGUGUGGGCAAAGUUAACAGGGGAGCUGGCUUUCAGAUCCUGCUGACUACCAUUCAGUAUUUACCAAAUGCAUGGCUGCCAUUGCACAGUCGUCAUGCACGUGUGUUCCAUAAGGUAGCUGGCCUCGAGAGCCCACUGCAGGUUGGCUAGGGUCACCCCUGUCUCUGCACUCCAUCGGCAAGCGCCAUAGCCUUCACACCUCCCUCCAGGCCUUCCUCACUGCUUCCCUCCAGGUCUGUGAAGAAGGGUCAAAGCAAAGAUAUGUCGCUAUGAAGGGUGUGACACCCACGGGCCUAAGUCCCAGCUGACACUGUGUCAGCAAUGUCUACCCCAAGUGACAGUAGGAAAAAAAGAGGGCUGGAAGCCAACCUGGGGCUCCUAGCUCUGCAUGCCUUAGUAGACUCUGUCCCCAGCCCUCAUUGAGUGACUGGUGGCACAUCUGACUGGGAUUAGCAAGUACUUAAAGACAUUUAAGAUGGGACAGUGGGCUUUAGCGACUCAGAAAUGUGGAGGGGGUCGUCCAGUUCCUGCCAGCCUUUAUUCUCACUAGAGAAGGCCUGAGUGUACCUCUUCCUCACCAGUGGGCUUUAGAAACCCUAGGAGAGCAGACUGGAAUGAGACCACCAAUGGUGUUGGAGGCCCCACUGUGGCUGGCUGUGUCCUGUCCAUCUGUUUGGCCUCCUGGGAAGAAAGUGUUGGCUCAAUUUCUUUCUCAGGAGAGAUGAAGUCAGUGCAGAUGGUUCUCACGUGCUACUGUCCUACCCUCCGCUGUUGACACUGGGUCUGGCUUGGCAUCACACCCUCCUAUGUGACUGAAGCACAGACUCACUGGCCUCCCUCCAGGUCUUUGAAGAAGGGUCAAAGCAAGGAUAUGUCGCUCCAUAGGAUGUGACACCCACAGGCCUAAGUCCCUCCAGACCCUGUGUCAGCAGUGUCGGUAACUCUCAAGUCUGCCUCACCUCCUGCCUGCAGAGUCCAGAGCCAUGGGAAAGGAGCCAGAGGGAUGAGGCUGCACCACAGGCCUGUCGGGCACCCGCUGUCACUGCCAGUCUUGGAGAUUCUGACUGCUCUCAGACAUGUUCCUUCCUGUGAACCAAGAGGAUGUUCAGGGAAAAAGAAAACAUGCUUUACCCGGGGAUCCUUCUGAACAAAAUGGCUGUCUGUACUCUUUUUAAACAGAAACUGUCAAACUUUUUAGUGUCAAAAUUGUAACCAACUGUCUCCUGAUUCUUCCCAGUGUGUUUGGCAAGUGCUGUGACCCCGUUGUAGGUGUUUCUCCUCCUGUCUCUUCUGAGGGAUAAGUGACUUGAGGGAGCGGUGCCUGUCCUGCUCCUGCCACCUCUCGUUUCUCUGCUUGUUGAUAUUGUUUGUGUGAUUCAGAGAACGGGGCAGUUACAUUGUGUCCAUUGUUGAGAAUAUUAAAAUAUUAAAAAAGUAGUUAUAGAACUAAGAAAUUAAAGAGCUGUGUUUUAAAAGAUGCAAACCCAUAAAUAUCAUGUUAACAAAGGAAUUCAAGCUAUGGGCAGCCUAGCUCCUCCCCCUCUAGGUUGGUGCAGUGGUAGCCAGGCCAGCCCUUGGGAGACACACUGACUACACCUGAGUUAGGUGACUGCCUGGGAACAAGACACCUGCUCAGUGGAGAAAUGAGAAUCUGGGGCUCAGAGACUCUCAGUUGUGUCAGGGUUUUCUCUUCAUCCUCAGGACCUCUGGGUUUCAAAGUUGGUGACCCCAGAACCACCCACACCCUCACAUUGGAUCAAGCCUCGUGUGCCUAGUGCUAUGUUGUAACCUGGGCUUGGGCCUGGAGCCCCUGCUUGCAAGGCCACAGGACCUCUUCCUGCCCACUUGGUGCUAUCUCAUCAUAACCAUCUAACAGAGCAGCCUGGUCUCCUGGAGCCCAUGGUUGGUCCUCAGAGCUUAGCUCUCUCUCUGGCUCCUGAUCCUAGAUUUUUUUUCUUUGAAGCUUUUUAGACCCAGACUCCCUUGACUCCAGAGAUGUCAGAGUCAGGGAAGGAAGUGAGCCAGGCUGAGGCGAGGAGAUUCACCCCUAUGCCCCAGUAAGCACACCAGCCCAGCCCCUAUUCCCUGCUACGCCAGUAUUACACCCAUCCUUUAAAGCAUCUAGUCCCACCUGAGGCACAUGCCAUCCAUUGGCCCCGCUGCCCAGUGCAGACUAGAAACCCAGGACAGGGAUGUGGACGCUUCUCUGCACCCCUACUUCAGAAGAGGCAUGUUGCACUUUAGUGGGGAGCCCAGAACAUUGGGCAGUGGCUUCCUGUAGCUUGAGUCCCUGUAGAUAGCCAUGGUGGCAUCCUGAUGGUUUGUGUGAAGCAGCUGUGCACAUGUGUGCAGUUCCUAGAGUCAAACUGCCGGCCUGAUGAUGACAUCACAGAGACGUAUUCUGUUCAACUUUGCCUUGGUAAUUACUGUAAACACUUUGUUCAUUUUUUUUUCUUUUUUAUUCACAAACUAAAUCCAUCAGGAAAUUAUAAACUUAUUUAAAAACUG